UUUAAACGCUGAAGUUCACUUAGCUACUACUCCUCAGAGGAAUAGCUAAAGUAGCUGUGCUGGCUCCUUCAGAGAAGGAAGAGAAGUUAUUUUUCCACUCGCUCAUAUAUAGGGCAAGGGAAGAGAAACUAUGAAGUCUUUUGAGCGUGGAGCUAAGAAACGGCACCACAACCCGGUGGACAGCAUCUGCAGGAAGAUCAAAUCCAUCCAAAUGAUGGACCAAGUCUCCAACCCAGCCUUACAGAUACCAAAAUUUCAGUCCCAGAACUUCGACAGCCCACAGAGCAAUACUAAAAAAAACCUGGAGGAAAUCCUGAAAAGGAGAACCCGCAGGAGUUGUGGGAGCUCUUGCUCACCUGUGGUCAGCCUUGACAGUGACAAUGUUUUCUUUGCCAACUUGCCUGGUUUGGGGGCCAGCUCUGGCUCCCACACUGCAAACAGAACCUAUUCCAUCCUGGAAAGCUGUGAGAGACCCAGCAGCUCGUGGGUGCCUUCCUCUCCAGUGGACACCUCCUCUCCAUUCUGCUUUGGAGCCAGGGAGGCCAAUGCCCAGCACAAAGCCCAGCGUAAAGACGCGCGGCCCGAGCAGAAAUAUCUGACCUCAAGUCCGAAUUUGUGUGUCUUCACAUCUGAAAAAAAGCCAGGAAGUUCUGGGGUCCAGCCUCCUGUGCCAAAGACAUUUCCCUCAAGUGAAGGAGGAGUGGGGCAGACUGUGGGGUACAAAGCUGACAAUAUUUACGACGUGAGCUUGAUCUGUGAAGAGAACCUGCUGACCACCAUCUUCUGUGCAUGUGACAUCCACCACACAGGAAAAGUGGCAGUGUCUAAGAUAGUUGAUUAUUUGAGACAUACAACCAGCCGGGAAUCAGGGGACAGUGGUCUUGAAGAGCUGUGCAACAAGCUUGACCCUGAGCACAAAGAUAUCUCCAUGGACCUGGAAACCUAUCAUGCCAUCAUGGGGGAGUGGAUUGAAGACUGUAAGAGAAAAUGGUAACUUAUUUUAAUAAAUCUGCUAUGGAAAAAGGUCUUUAUAAUCUUCCCCUGUGGCUCUGAAAAGAAAGUGGUAUUGGGACACCAUGUCUACAACAUUGGGUUUGGCUGAAGUUUUGGAAGUGUUGCAAAGCUGGUAAGCAGCUCAGUGUCCUGCUGAUUUUGUGACCCUUGAUACUCCCUUCUUUCAGGGAAGACGGUACUACUGAGAAAUCAUCAUCAAGCACAGAAGACUUGGAAUCUCAAGUACCUAAAAACAUCUCUGAAGGUGCAGAACAUUUUAUUCUGUUUCUGUUCAGGAAAGCUCCACUUUCUUGCUCUAUAACCAAAACCCCCAUCU